AUGAGCUCGGCGCGAUUUGAGCACCAUAAUAUUGCAGCAGCAGCACAUAUACCCAUUGUCCGGCAAGAUUUUAUAACCGAUGCAAGCGGAAACUAUAAUUUUGGAUUUGAAACGGCGAACGGAAUCCAAAGAGAUGAAACCGGUGAUACUCACAAGAGACCACACAGCGCACUGAACGUACAAGGAUCGUAUUCUUAUACAGGAGACGAUGGUCGUACAUAUACCGUUAAUUAUAAGGCGGAUGAGAAUGGAUUCCAUGCCGAAGGGGAUCAUUUACCAACAUCGCCACCAGUGCACGAUCAAAAUGUUGGUGGAGGUUAUCGGAUACACGGCAGUGCCACAUCCGGUAGCCGAGACUACCAAAGUAACAAAAACGCUUAUUCAACAUCCAGCCGAUAUCUGCCGCCUCAACGCUAUUAA